AUACACAUAAAACUUCGGUGACUAUAAAAUCAUGCCGGUGUUGGGAAAAACCAUUACUUCCAACCGAACGUUUCAACGCGCAACAACUGCAGCUUGGAGGCAGAUUUAAGUGGUUUAAUCAGGUAACGUGUUGCUGCUGUUUUGCAAGGGAAAUAUCUAUUUUGGCUGCAAAAUGUUUACCACAAGUGUGCUUUUUAAGAUGCUGCUGCUGACCUCGAUUCUGUCACAAGUGGUUCACUGUCAGCGGUUGGGGCGUAUACGGCGCGAAACUUCCAAACCAUUGUCCGCGGAUGUACGGGUGCCGGCCAGCAUUGAGACGAAUGAAGAUGCCAAGACGGUCGGUGGCAAUGUGGCGGACGAGUUGUUACGUCCGGCAGCAUCGACAAGGACCCAGCGCAGCUACUAUGGUGGUGGUUCGAGCGAACGUUUGUUCGAUCUCGGGCUGUUUAGCAGACCCGGAUACUAUUCGGGUAAUCGGGGAUAUUACCCAUCCGGAGGCUACUACCCGCAGGGUGGCUACUACCCACAAGGAGGCUACUAUCCGUCGGGCGGUUAUGGCGGUGCCGGUUACUACCCAGGAACGAACACGCUCGGUGUCGGAUCGCCAUCGUACGGUGGUGGCGUCUAUGGCGGAUACGGUGGUUAUGGUGGCUUCGGAGGGCCGGGUUUUUAAUAGUGUUGAACAAGGAACGCAGUGAAAAUGACAAUUUUAUUUUUUUCUGUGCAGACGAUUUGGAUAAAUUUAAAAAAAAAUUAAUAAAUAUAGUGCCCACUACUACACUUCUACGAAACCAAAGCAUACUUUUUAAUUAUUUAAAAAGAAAGAAGGAUGACAAUCUAAACAUGUAAUAGAAAAAUUAGGCAUUGUUUUUGGAUAUAAUUAAAAAUUGUGGUUCAGCAGUGGUUAACAGUCAUUUGAACAGACUGCAAAGGUAGAUUAAGUCUAAUAAUAUCGAUUCAUAAUGUGUUAGUUAUGGUUUAGGUCCAGUAUUAAGCAAUAUUUAUGUAAAUUAGAGUGGACUGUCGAAGCUUUAUAAAUGGGUGUAAGGUUAGUAUUUGAAACAUUUAGCGUUAGGUGUAGCUUGAGUCAGCGCAACGUAGUCUUACAAAAGCAUACAUCGAGGACGUUCACAUUAGCGUAGCAGAAAAUAACUCAGAAAAAGGGCGUCGUCGUUAAUUGUAUGGAUGACGAGUAUUAGACAUUGAAUGUCAGUGGAUAGCUGGCAGGGUAGCUUCAUCGUUGAAUAGAUUAAACAUGUAAUUUCUUUCUGGACUUGAGGUGAUCGGGAAGAAGAGUACGAAAAGUCCAAUGAAAGAUUUACCAAGAAGAAAUUCAUGAAAGCAACCGGAAUAGAUGAUAAUAAAGCGGGAGUAUUGGUAUGACUGAAAAGGAGAGCGGCAAUGAGGGUUGAUUUAGCCUGGACACGGCGAACUUCCAGCGAACUAAGUAGUUGACACCUGGACUCAUAUUCAGGCAGGGGGGAGGAAAUAAUUUGCGUAUUGCAAACCUGGUGAACGAUCGCUGCACUCGCUUAAUACGCUCGAUAUGAGUUUUUGGCUAAUGGUGACCAUGCUACCGAACAAUAUUCCAGAAACGAUCUGACCAGCGAGUAGUACAAAGCCUUCAAGCCUAGGCGAUCCGAAAAGUCCCGAGCAAUACGUUUAAUCCAGGGUCAUCCAAACUCUUCCAACCACGGAAUCGGUGGCGGGUCAUCGGAAUUGGAGAUUAAAGGAGAGAUCUUUGUACAGCCAGAUUCCCAAGUCUUUGAUAUCCGUGAGAUGGAGUGACAAUCUGAACGCCAAGAUCAUAGGAUCUUGUGUGUUGGGAGUUUGACAUCAGCUAAAUGAAAUAACACUAUACUUGUCGGAAUAAAGGGUACGGGAAUUACGAGCACACCAAAUGGAGAAACGGUCGAGGAUGCCUUGCAGAGAUUUGCAAUCGUCACAAGUGUACACAAGAUGAAAGAUUUUUAAAUCAUCUGCAUAGCACUAGAAACAAUCAUUGAGAAACAUGGUACAUGGUGAUAUUAUUUAUGGAAAUAACAAACAACCAAGGACUAAGGCCACUCCCUAGUGAAACUCUCGCAGAGGAAGGAAAAGGGUAGGAGAGUUCGUUGUUAUACUUAACACAAUACGAACGAUCACUGCAGAAGAGUGAUACGAACUUAGGAACUUCAGAUACGAACUUCAGAAGAGUGAAGCAAGUACUAAAACACGUUUAAUAUCGUACAUUGAAGUGAGAUGCCGCGGUAAAUUGAGACCAAGGGAGGAUCUUUCUUUCAGAUACAAGCCAGACACGCUUCCACAAAUCAGGAAAGAUAGACGAAUAUAAAGACAUGCGCCAUAACUUUACAAGUAUUGGAACAAACAAAACAUAGUACUUUUUCAGAAUAUCCACAGGUAUAUCAACCAAACCGGAAGAGAAGGAAUGUUUUAUUAAAAGGUAUACACACUAAAACAAGAUUUAAAAGGUAUUGCAGUGCGUUUACUUUACUGUAAAAAGGGGGCUCGGUGG